GUAUUUUCAGCAUGGUUCAUCAAUCUUUUUGGAUGAAGAUGUUAAAAAUCUUCUUGGUCACCAGAACAGUUGAAUGACAAUAGCUUAAUAUUUGAAGAUGUCGAUCAGAAUUCGGCGAAAAAUGUGUGAGUGCGUGUGUGAAAGAGAGUCUCGUUUUGCGAAGACGUCAACCACACGCUGACACUGUUGUUCUAACAUUCACAGGAGGACCAUGAGUCAAACAGAUGGCAGCUCAAGUACCGGGCAGACUUGCAAGAUGCCGGAGGGUGACCCCUCCCCUGCUACACAAGGACCUGUCCAGGAGCCGUUGCUGGUGCAGAAUCCCUCCUACCACCACCAGCCUGACGCCGUCGUCCAUCAGCCACCGCCGCUGCUACUACCGCCUCCCCCACCAAUGAUGUUUGCACCUCCGCCAGUCAUGUCGUCCAGCAACAACAACACCACGCAGCAGACCGUGGUGGUCAACACCAACAUCGACAACCAUGGUAACGGGUUUAAGAGGCUGUACGUUGACCCGCUGGGGGUCAGAAGCUGGAGCACCACCAUCUGCAGCUGCCUCGACGACCUGGGAUCUUGUUGCUGUGGCUGUUUUUGUGGCGCGUGCCUGCUGUGCCGUGUCGCCAACCGCAUGAAGGAGUGCGCCUUUGUGUGGUGCUGCGUGCCCUGGGGGCUGACCGCCAUGAGGGUCAAAGUGCGGACCAUGGGUGGCAUACGCGGAAGCAUCUGCACUGACUGUCUACUCACAACCUGCUGUCCUCCAUGUGCGUUGUGUCAGAUGUCACGUGAGCUGGACGCCAUGGGCCUGUGAUGUCACGAGAACUACACCGUGACGUCACCAGCUCCUGUUCACUCUUGCAUGAAGGUGUGAGGGGUGUGUGGGGAGGGUAGCACUGCUUUCGAUAGAAUAUCGAAAAAAAAAGACUUUAUGCAGACUUGGGUGAAUCUUUGGCAAAUGAUUGGAUCCUUGGCAGACACAACUCGCUGACCUUUGACAGCUAGAAAGGCGAUUAAAGCUUUUAGUCCGGAUAUUAAUUGCAGACGGGUACCACACAUUUGCUUUGAUUAAAAAGGAGGUUAAGGGUUAUCAGAAUUGCUGCAUGUUGACGAGUAUGAUGAAUACAUUGAGGGCUUUGGUGCCUUCGUAAUCACCUCCCUUGAAUUGUGUUCCAUCGCGUGCUUGUGCGUGCGUGACUGGGCGAGUAGUUAUGAUUUGCAUGAUAAUGACUGAAUUUGUAAGACUUGACACAAGUGUGUGCUCGUGUGAGUUCAUGUAUGUAAGCACCCGGUGUAAUAAACCUCUCUAUAAAUAUAUAUUAUAAUUAUAUCACAAACUUAGUCAUU